AUGGAAAAAAAUAGAGGGGGUUACGGUCUUGUGGAAGGCAAGAUUUUGUCGGUCUGUCUGGUUCUGUUUGUGGUGCUAGUUCUGUUGCCUUCGAUGUUUAGAGUGUCCCUGGGGAUUUCUCAUAUCUACGUGAAAAUUGUAGUUAAAACGUUAGAGUGGGCCACCCUGCAGAUUGAGAAGGGAGUAAAAAAGCAGAAGGCGCUGGUACUUGAAAAUUUAACCUCCAACGGGAUCAUCCAGAGGGAGGAAGCCUCCAUGGAAGAGGAAAUUGCUGGCCAGCGACGAGGACGCUUCAACCUUGCUGAUGUUUUGUACUUCUCCAAGAAGGGGUUUGAGGCUGUUGCAGAAGAUGAAGUCACUCGGCGGUUCUCCUCUGAGGAGCUGGUCUCCUGGAACCUCCUUAGCAGAACUAAUGUCAGCUUUCACCGUAUCAGCUGGCAACUGACCUUUGUGUGGGUCAUUGGGAUCCUAAUUCGGUACUGUCUCCUGAUGCCUCUUCGCGUCAGCUUGGCUUCUUUCAGUAUGCUCUUGCUGGUUUCAGCAACCACGGUAGUAGGACAGUUUCCAAAUGGCAGGGUUAAACGCUGGCUGAGCAACCAGGUCCAGAUGACUUGUGCUGCCUUAGGGGUCCGAUGUCUGAGUGGUGCUGUUCAUUUCCAUAACAGGCGAGUGGUGCCAACCUACUCUCACUUGUGCAUUAUUCAUUUUUUAAAGUGUACUCUAUGGUACCAAGCGCCUCAAGUUUCAGAGGGGGAUUUUUAUUCAUUAUUGCGUAAGUAUUAUGGUAGAUGAAAUUAGAUUCAAGAACUGAGUUAGGUAAUCUGAACCCUGUCUGUCUUCCUUUCUCUUAAGGCAUUUUGAUGCCCUACUGUAUUUUCUGUUGUGUAUUUGCAGGGUGUGUAAAGGUGGAAUAAUGCUGUCUACUUGAUUAAAUUUGAACCGAGGCGUUUUUCUCAAGACCUAUAAUUUGUUUUAUUAGCUGAUUUGUUCAGUAAUUAAUCCUUUACCCUCUUUCCUAAAGUACAUUGUCGGUGGUAUCUCAGUAAGAUCUUCAAUCUUAGUUAUUGUAGUUAUGGAGAUUUAUGUAAUAUAGGCUCCUUGGUGGGUGUUUUUUUUUUUUUUUUCGCUUUGUAAGGCAACAAAGGUCAUGCUCUGGUGUGUUUAAACUUAGAGUUUUAGUAUCUCUGAGUAGACUUUAAUAUAUAUCUCUCUUGAAUGGUAAUGUGUGCAACUAAAAUGUCUUCUGCAGAGAAAUUGCAUAUUCCCAGCUAUGAGGAAGCUAACAUACAGAAAUAAAGAAUUUACUGAAAUGCCAAAACUGGUGAAGUCUGAAGGGGCGCUUUAAAGAAUGAGGAACAAUGACUCAUCCACUGUAAUAUACUGCCAGAAGUUUUAAUGUGUGUGACAGUAAUAUUCAUAUUUUAAAAAUGUUUUGUGUUCUUCUGCUUCCUAUGGAUUUACAGAUGUGCUACGUGUCUGAAAUGCCUUUGUGGCUGAGAGUUUCUAUGGCUGGUAUGCAUUCGCUAGAUGAAUUUCCUGGUGGGGCCUGGAGCCUCGAGAAUAAACAUCAAGUAAUUACUUUUACGAUUGUCAUUGCAGAGAAAACAGACCACAGAAAGGAGGCAUCUGUGUAGCCAACCACACGUCUCCGUUAGAUGUUCUAAUCCUGGCUAGUGAUGGAUGCUAUUCUUUGGUAUGAACAAGAGAGUUGAUAAACAGUGGUAAUGUUGAGAUGCGCACAGAUACAGUGUUGGAUGAGAUCAUACGCUUAUUGGUAGAAAGAAUGGGAUUUGAUAGUGUUCAGAGUCUCACUUUCAGGACUGCAGAGUGGUGAACAGAGGUAGGUGUGUGUACGUUUUUGACCAAGAGGACUGGGAUCACAUGUGAACGAGCUCAGAAACUGAUGCAUCUUCAUUCAGAACUUUUUAUUUAAGUAUGUGCAUGUGUUUGCAUAGUAACCAGUAUUUUUGGGUCUUGCAGGUUGGCCAAGCACAUGGAGGGCUUCUGGGACUUAUUCAGAAAUCUUGCAUGAAAACCACUGAGCACGUUUUGUUUGAACGUUCAGAAAUGAAAGCCCGUCACCUGGUGAGAAAGAAGUAAGGUAGUGAGGUGUUAACUUAAUUUUUCCCAUCAAGUUUAGAAACUGUGAGCCAUAAGUGCGAUUUGAGAACGUUCUGACCCUACAUCUCUUAUUGAUGAGCAGCUGUAGGUUGUCAUCAGUGUAAGUUCUGCAACUGCCCCAUCACUUAGGGGGCAAGGUAUAGCAAUCCUGUUCUGAGCUCUUGACCAUUUGCCCUGUAACCUCGGAAUUUCUCCGUUUCCAUGAUCGCACCGCUUGCCCCAGGCAUCAGCCUGCUCAUUCAGAUUCAGAACUGAUAACUUGAGAUGUCAGGACAGGAAUCCAAGUUUUGUCAGCACAUCUGCUUCCCAGAUUGUGCCUUGCCCUCGUAUGGUUUUUCAUCAGUUCUGAGCCAUUGCAAGGCUGAUUGUAUCCAUCAUGCGUACAGGAUAAAGGGAGGCUGAUCGUGGCAAAUCUUAACUUUAGCCUCGUGUGUUUGCUUCUGGAGAAGGAUAGAUCACUUGAGGGAACCAAUCACAACUCAUUAGAAACAUCCUCAGCCCUUAUCAGCCUCGCGUGCAAAAGUUUGCGGAAGCAAUUAAACAAGUUCAUAAGGAAAAAAAAAAUCACCAAGAUACCACCUGGCUCCUGGAAGCUGGAAGAGCAUCUGGGAAGCGUCUUUACAGUUUGCUUGAUUCCUGUUCUGCUCUCCAGGCCUGCAGUUUGUCGACUGCUGUCAGAGACAGCAUAUUGGACUUAAGGACAUGAACAGGUUUGGCUCAUUGUGGCUCUUAUGUUCUCAGGCUUUUUACAAAGUAAAUUGUUUUUAGCUGCCCUAAAUCUUCAUGAAAUAGGGUGCAAAGCAGCUAACUUUAAGCAAGUCUCUGUGGCAGUUAGUCUUUAGAAGAAUGGACGAGGUCCCUCUGUGCUGGAUCAUUCCCUCAUUUUGCUAUCUGAUGUUUUGCCUUUGUUCUUUAAGGCGGCCUGGAGAGAAGCUGCAUGCUCUUGAUUCUUAGAAAAGGCAGAUAUGUCCUGAAAAACAACUAGUUUUACGUGUCAGUAAGUGUGCUCUACAUAGUGGUGAUACACUUUUUUUUUUUCAAAUGAUGCACCAAACGUAGUAAAAGGUUGUUCUGCUUCUUAUCUAGAUGAUGAGAGUUAUUAGGUAUGUAUAAAACUGAUGUUGUGAAGCUGGGAAGCAUGGAAACGUGAAAUAUGGAAAACUGCUGUAUUUUAGGCAAUAAAAUAUUUUAGGCAGAAUUUCCAGUUCACAGCUGGAGCCUGUCAAAGAUAAGCAGGAAACAGUUCACGUGUCUCUCAAGUACCACUGUUAAUUGGGUUAAAAUGGUUGAAAUAAAAGGAGAGCUAUUCACUUUUGUAGAAAACCUACUUACACAAUUAGCAAGAGACCCUUCAAGAAACAGGCCUGAAACGAAUUCUUAUUCUGGUAGAGACUACUGACUGGCAAAGAGCAUUGGGCGAUGGCUUUCUCUUGUCAUAUUUAAGAGAUAACAUAUAUGUAGAUUCCUGGCUGAGUAUGAAUGAGAGAGUCUUCUACGAAAGUGGAACGUACACUGGAAUUUUAUUUUUUGCUCCACAGAAUUAGAGAACACGUUGCGGAUAAGACCAAAUUACCCAUUUUAAUUUUUCCAGAAGGUAAGAAAAAACUAUACUGAUUUUACUGCUGUGCUCACUUCUUGCCAUCAAGUGCAGUUUAUUACAGCCGACCUUUACAACGAGUUGUUUUUUUAAAUUAUUUUUAUUCUGUAGAAUUAAUUAGCUCUUGUGAGAUAUGAAAAGUCAAAUUCCAUUAUUUUACAACAGGUUUAUGACUACCUAUUUGGUUUGAGUAGCUUAAUAGAAGAGAGAACAGACUCUGGGUUUCUGAAGUUUGCUUUGUCCUCCAGCAACUUAAGUCUCCUUAAGGCAAAUUUGGAUUCAUUCAUUGAUACUUUUAUUAGAAUGGAUAAACUCAUUACCUGUUUUAAUUCUGGCCAGGUACCUGCAUAAACAACACAUCAGUAAUGAUGUUUAAGAAGGGAAGCUUUGAAGUGGGAGGGACCAUCCAUCCAGUAGC